AUGGAAAUUGAAAGAGUGUUAAAUGAUGUUUGUGGAUGCUUAGAAAGGCUAGAUUUGGCUUCUAUUGAUUCCAACAAUCCGAUAGCAUCUGGAAUUGUGGAUAUCGCUGAAGGAGUGGAUAAGGUGGUAGAUGAGUUGUCAGAAGAGACAAAACACAUUCUUAAAGAAGUUGAAUUGAGUAAGCUGGAUUUUUCAGAGAAAACUGGUGCUAUUUAUCAAUGGAGGAAUUGUUGGAGUUUGAGACUGUUAUUAGGUGAAAGUGAAUAUAGUGAAAGCACUUAUGCAAUCCAUGCAGUCUCCAGGGCUAUAGAUCCUAUAUUUAAUUAUUAUAAGUGGAAUCUCAAACAUGCAUGGUAUAUUACUUUGAAUGCUUUAUAA